GAAUUAACAUCCGUCGGUGGUUCGCUCAAUCGCUGUCUCGCCGUCAGCUUUGCCGCGUUGACGCGAAUAGACGUGUUCCGAUUUGGCGCCAAAAUGAUUCCAUACGAUUUGAAACAUCGUAACGUUUUAGUAAAGUUUUCGAAAUAUAACUGUUAAUAUUUUAAUGUGUACAAAAUUCUAACAGUUUUAAUUAAGUGAAUAGAGUGUGAAAACUUAGUGUUGUGUUGAAUUUAUUUACUGUUACUCGUUUUUACACAAUCGACUGCACGAUGCAAACCGUUCUGAAUUUGAAUAUUUCUAUGUUGAGAGUGAACUGUUUGGUAUUUUUAGAAAUAUGUUGACGGGUUUUCUUGUAUUUUUACUUUAUUUGAUACACACAUUCCAUAUUGCAAACUCUUCAAGUCUGCUAUGCGGGCGCACCAAAGAGGUGGAGGUGGGCGGGAACGUCGGCGCAGGAGCAGCGCUUGCUCUCACAUUACUGCGCCCCCCAUCGUCCACCUCGACUAGUCCUUGUCAAUUACGUCUGACUGCACCAGAUGCUGCGGCCUUCACAGUUCGUCUUAUUGAUGUUAAGGAAUCGCUGUCAGAAUGGGAACGUGGAGCGGGUGACGUUCAGGCGCCGGCGCCGAUAGCGGGCGCCCAAGGGCGCAAGUGGAGCAUGCGGAGUGUGCAUGCCCAAGACACAGCCACGGACGAGACUUCGCAUGUCACUAACUCCACUGACUCGUGUAAACUUCUCGUGUACAUUGGAGAAUCGAAGACACCGAUAUGGCGGCUAUCGUUGUGUGGAGGGAACGCAGCAGCGGUGGCAGCGAAGGCUGGUACCAAGCUGCUACCACCAAAGAUCCGCAUAGCUUGGAACCCACCCUCCACGCCUUACCAUCACACUGAGAAACUACGACUAGUGGUCACGGCCGUUAAUAGUGGUUCAGUUUGCAACAAUGAAUCUCAAUUUAUAUGCGGCGUGACCGGCUUGUGUAUAUCCUCCUACCUGGUCUGCGAUGGUGUCCGCCAUUGCCCAGGAGGCGAAGACGAAGAUUCCAGCGCCUGCUCCCAUCGACGCGAUUCUCCACUCUUAGAAAUGCUGAGGAGAUUUGCGGCGAGAAACCAGGAGUUACUGGGACUGGACCAGCCGGAUGGCGUGACUAAACCUUCGGUCAUAAUGAAGAUAACCGAAGGCGAACAGAAACAAAACGCGUUCAUGGAGUUCGCAGCUGCGUUGAAGCCAUACGGUCCUUGGAGCUACCUCGUGGUGGGAAUGCUGGUCUGCGCAACCAUACUCAUGUUCUGUCUGGCUUGGGAAUGCUGCUGUAAACGAUCCAAGCCAUCAGACACGCCGAUAAUACCUGCGUCUUGUAUUGAUCUCUCCCCUACCGUCACAGUUACCGCUGCUUCGCAACAACUCUUCGAUACAUCGAUACCUCCUUCGCCCCCGGAGUAUGAACCUCCACCGUCCUACUCCUCUCUUUUCCCCAGAGCUUACAAAUCCUCCCCCUCCCCUGUCCCCCACUGCUCCCAUCAGGAGCCUCCAGACUGAUAGAUUAAUCAAUAGUCGAUUACAAAAUGGGUGUUGCGAACUAUAGCCAAAUCAUAGAGAACUGUAAAUUUAGCAUAAGUUUAUGUAGUCUGUAAAUGUAAUUUGAGAAAACCAAGUAAAACCAAUACACGAACGUGUGCCUUCAUCUAUGGGAGAACUUUAAUUGGUACAAGCCUUUUGACUUUCCUCUAGAGACAAUUUCACGAGAUAAAAAUGUAUUUAAGUCCUGACCUUUCUCGACGAGUUCCAUUAAACUUAACCAAUGGUACAUAUUAACCGCGUCACACGAGUAGGAGCCAAAUUUUUAGAUUAGUGGCCAAAUAUAUUCAUGUAUCUUCAAUAAUGUCCAUUAUAAUAAUGAAAACCCAAACAUUGCCAAAUGUUUAUGUACUAUACAUUAAUAAGGUAUGUAAUACAAAUGUAACUUUUAAAUUACUCGCUAUUCUGUAUAAAAAUGCAAACUUUCAAUUUUUUUACGCAAAGAAUGUUAAAAUAAGUGUAUAUUUCUUAAAAAUAUAUAUAUAUUUCAAUAAAAUCUCAUAAUACAUAAUAAGAUUGUACUAGCGUAUGUAAAUAUUUAUUAUCUGUGACAAUUUUGACACGAAAAAAAACGUUGACAUAAUAAUUGAAAUUUGAUAUUUCAUCAGUGACAGUGACAGCCACCGUACGAUAUCAAUUAUCGUACAAUUACAAUCACUGGAUAUCAAGAAUAUCAACUCGCAAUUGUACAAUUGCAUAGUAAUAAAUAUAGUACAUUUCAUAGACAUUUCAUACCGGAUACGUAAAAACUACUUUUCACACCAGGACGCACUCGAUCUAGUAAAUUCAUUAAAUAUAAAAGUAUAAAAAAACACUUUAAAUACCCCCCCAUGAUUCCAAGCCAUGUUUGAGAUUCCUAACACUGACAUUAAGGUAUAUAUUUGUAAAUAUUUUUUCUUACAUGAGAUAGAUACAUUUUAGAGAUAACACCUAAUUUCCAUAAAAAAAGGUUUUAGUUAUUUAUUGUAUAUAUUGUGUGAACGGCCAUAGCUUAAGUACAAUGUUUGUUUACUAUAUUUGGGACCAAGAUUAUUUUUUAUAUAGAGCAGUAUUUUUUUAAUUAAUGUUCCUUACAGAAAAUGUAAUGCUAGCUUCUUAAUUUAGUAUAGUGUGCACCACUUUGUAUAGUUAUAGAAAGCAAAUUAACAGUUAUGCUAUGCACCUAAUAAAUAAUAUGUCAGUGUUGUUCUUCAGCCUCAAUAAAUAUCAUAAAUCCAAAGUAAUUCCAAAUUCAAUCUUGAAACAAUAAUUGUUAACAAUUCAUUAUAAAAUAAUUGUUUUGCAACUUUUAUAAAUACAAUUAAAAGAUACAACAGUAAUAGUUAUUUCAAGAUUUAGUAUAUAGCUAUCUGUUUUGCUAUCAGUACAUAAAAAUGUCAAUUUGACUAUAAUGCCUGUACCUCAAAAUUAAAGUUUCGUCUUUAAAGACAAAUAUUAGUAUGAAUAUGCUUUUAACUGAUGUUACCUCUUUACAGAGAUAUUUGACUGCAUUUUACAGUAAAUAAUUAAAUUAUAUCUAAUAUAUUUUUAAACAAAUGAUUUUAAAUUGUAAAGUUUAAGUCAUAUACAACAUUAUA